GAAUGCUGCUGGGAAGAUGUAGCCCCUUCCACUUCCCAGGCACUGUCUUGCUGGAGGCAGGCAUGACCUCUCCUGCUCCAGCAGCACUACAGCCCCAGGCUGCCCACAUUGCUGCUGGGUUUCUUGUUUGCAUCAGCAAACGUUGCUGCAUUCAGGGUUUGAGGCGGUGCUAUGUAGAAGACAGAAACUCCAAAGUGGCCUGGUUAAACCGUUCUGGCAUCAUUUUUGCUGGACAAGACAAGUGGUCCCUGGACCCUCGAGUAGAACUGGAGAAAAAAAGCCCUCUGGAAUACAGCCUCCGGAUCCAGAAAGUGGACGUCUAUGAUGAGGGGUCCUAUACGUGCUCGGUGCAGACACAGCAUCACCCAAGGACUUCCCAGGUUUAUUUGAUUGUCCAAGUGCCACCAAAGAUCUACAAUAUCUCCUCGGAUGUCACUGUGAAUGAGGGCAGUAACGUGACUCUUGUGUGCAUGGCUAAUGGACGCCCCGAGCCUGUCAUCACCUGGAGACACCUCACCCCAACGGGCAGAGAAUUUGAAGGCGAGGAAGAGUACCUGGAAAUCCUAGGGAUCACCCGAGAGCAAUCGGGCAAGUACGAGUGCAAAGCCGCCAACGAGGUUUCCUCGGCAGACAUCAAGCAAGUCCGGGUCACUGUGAACUACCCUCCAACUAUCACCGAAUCGAAGAGCAAUGAAGCUGCCACAGGACGACAAGCCUUACUCAAGUGUGAGGCAUCAGCAAUGCCCACACCUGAUUUUGAGUGGUACAGAGAUGACACCAGGAUAAACAGCGCCAAUGGCCUGGAGAUCAAGAGCAUGGGGAGCCAGUCCCUCCUGAUGGUGGCCAAUGUCACUGAAGAACACUAUGGCAACUACACCUGCGUGGCUGCCAACAAGCUGGGAGUCACAAAUGCCAGCCUAUACCUUUACAAUCCUGCAACUGCCAUUUAUGUAGAACAUCUGUUACAGCUGAUGGGCAUUCCACCGAUGAAGACCAGAGGUCUCGGUGGGUAGGGCCUUGGACUGAGAAUCAGGAGCAUUGGAUCGUAGCCAUGACAUUGACACUGAAUCACUGGCUGGUCACAAACAAGACAUUUCACCUCUCUGUGCCUUGAUGUCUCCAGUCCUGAAAUGGGAAUCGUGAUCCCUGCUUUUCCCCAUAAAUGCUUUGAAAUCUACAGCUGCAAAGUGCUACGUGGUAGUCAUUGUUCUUUUGAUAUUGCUGAUUGAGCUUGCAUUGUGCAAAUGAUGUAGGAUGGACCCUAACAUCCCCAAGCACUAAUGGAAUAUACAGGCAAACAAAGGGUCUGCCCCCUCAAUUGAUUUAAAUCGGAAUAGCUCCAUUGAAGCCAACUGAGAACCCACCCAUAGGAUUUACAAAUAAAUACCCGUUAAAAUAGUUGGCCAUCAGUUGCCUCCUUACUUACCUGCCUUGAAUUGAAUUCAGAGUUCAGGGUUUUUUUCCCCUUUACUACAGUGUGGCGCCCCUAAAACAAUAUCAGGAACACUAUGGCCCAUUCAGCGUUAGGUGUUCAGAACAUCCUAUGUUGCAAUGCAAGGCUAAUUUCAGGUCUUGGCAGGUUAAGGAGCUUCUCAGUUGACCAGAAAGAGUAUAUGUUGUGGCAUUUCAGUAACUGUCAGAGCGUGGAUGGAGCUCGCUCCAAUUAAGUACCGUGGCUGAUUCAUUUAGGGAUGGUAUUUUUUGUGAGUUGCUACUUAACUAGUGUGCUCUCAUUGUGUUAAGGCACUAUGUCACCUGCAGGAGCCAUCUUUCAAUGAACUUUACAAUCAGAAGUCUCUAACUGGUCUAUGGGUACAUUUCUCAAUGGUUUAAACUAGAUCUUAUAUUAUUCACUUCUUUUCCCAAAAGGUUGGAUAGCAAGGUCAAUUAAUGCUGAACAACUACUUUAUACUGUACUGCCCCAAACAUGGCUUUAUUUUAAUAAGGGAGUGUCUGUAAAGUGUGAAGAAGUGUGAUAUAUUAUUCAUAUUAAUAAUUAAUAGUAAGUAUUGUGUCAUCUUCAUAAUUGAUCAGGGCCACAGUGAGUGGCGAAACUUGACCCAUCUCUGCAAUGUGUCUAAAAGAAAUGUUAUCAUAAUGGUCCAAAAGACUUUAGUAAGAAGAGUUAAUCCAGUGUUGUGGAGCCAUAAAAUGUCAUUGUGGGAUUUAUAAAGACUGAGCCAGUGAGAACUUAUUUCAGAUGAUGGGCAGUCAUUUCUACUGAAGUGUAUCAACAGCUCCUGGAAUCCAUGUUGCUCAUCUCUCCAUGUCACACUAAGCUCACUGUGGAGCAGUGGCAGAUUUCAGUUGAAACAGAGGGACCCAUGUGGAGCCAAAUGGGAGAGGGACCAAGAGAGAAGAAUAUGAAUGGACGGCUAUCCUUGAAAUGAUUCACCCUAGCAGUUUUCAUGGUGACACCUAAAUUAUUUCUCUGUGCAGCUGCUGCUUCAACUCCUGUUCAGAAUUAAGCACAUAUGCUCAAAAACCCCACACAGCUGAUCUCAAAACACUGAAAAACUGCAAUAUGUAACCUCCUCCCCAAAACACUUCUCUCAAAACAACACACACCCCCCAGCACAUCCCAACACACACCCACGCAUACAAUGUUAGCGUAGGGUCAGCUGCAGUUUACUCCCCUUUUUACCUUCUUUCUUCUACAUCUGCUAGCCCACAUGUCAAAAGCAAGCCAAGCAGAACACUGAAUGAGAAAAUAGCCAGGUGCCUGAUGAACUUUGAAAGAGCUAAAAUUCUUCUCGAAAGCCCGGUGUGCUGCAACAGAACUGCGCGACACACCCCACUAGGACUGCUCAGCAGGGUUGCCUAGUGUACUGCAGUGGGGCUGCCAGGUGCGGCCGGGAGUGUGGCUGCCCAGCAUGGAAGGCAAAAGGGAGGUGGGGAUCAGUAGGGUAGUGGGGCCUCUGGCCGGUCCAUGGCUUGGAGGGGGGUCCGAUAGCAGGGGGUGUAGAUCCCUCAUCCAGAACUAAGGAUGUUAAAAUGUGGUUAUCUGACGAAUCGUAUAGUCCAUACAGUUUGUAUCGACUAUACGAUUAGUCGAUAAGCGCCAGUCUGCA